AUUUAUUGUAUCAGUGUUGUUUAACAAUAAUAAUGAUUGUUUGUUAUUUGAAGAGCUUUAAUAAAAGUAAAAAUAAAAAUAAAAAAUAAAACAGUUUGCGCAUGCGCACUCGUUCACUUUCGAAAAAGGCGGAGGGUUACGGGAGGAGAACAUGAUCAGACUGUCAUCAUUACAGCCACAAGCAACAAACGGAGGAGUUCGGGCUGAACUGUCUUUUUAUUGUCCUCUUUUACAUCGACAGGAUAUUUUUGUUUCACAGAGACUUUGUUAACAUAAAUGCAACUUUAUCACGGAUUGUUCGCUUGACGUCUUUCGAAGUUUUUUAACUUUUCUUGUAUUGGAGUGAGGCCUCGGUGCCAUGCCAGAGAAAUCCCAUAGCACGGCCCAUGACGUCCCAAUGGGUGACGAAUCACCUCGGUUGUCCACCGCCUCUGUUGGCAGUAAUGACCGGACCUCCACUGCUACACUGUCUGAUUGUUCUGACUUCACAGAAGUCCAGAGGCCCGUAAGCGUGGUCUCCAGCAUCUCAUCCGGGUCUGGUUCCUCUCGGGAAGACAUUCUCCUGUCAGGUAUCCCAUCUGCUGGUGUGCCUAUUGAGGACAACGUGGAUCUGGAAUUAACGGCUGCUGAUCCGGAUGAGACUCAGGGCACUAGUCUUACCCAAGCAACCACCCUAUUCCUCCAACAAAAUAGCAGCAACACUGUUAACAACAGCAACAACAGCUCCUCCGUUUCCAACAGUUUCUCUCCAUUUGCUGCCAGCACCAUGGCACCCAACCCUGAGCUCACCUACCUGGACCGUGUGGUCAUGGAGAUCAUUGAGACGGAGCGGAUGUAUGUGAGAGAUCUGAGGAGUAUCGUAGAGGAUUACCUUGCUCACAUUAUAGAUACAGGAGAUCUUCCCAUCAAGCCAGAACAGGUGUGUGCUCUGUUUGGAAACAUAGAGGACAUUUAUGAAUUUAACAGUGAGCUCCUUCAAUCACUGGACAUGUGUGACAAUGAUCCUGUGGCCAUUGCCAGAUGCUUUGUGAUCAAGCGUGAAUAUUUUGACAUCUACACACAAUAUUGCACCAACUACCCAAACUCUGUGGCUGCUCUAACAGACUGCAUGAGAAACAAAACUCUUGCCAAGUUCUUCAGGGAGAGACAAGCUGCUUUAAAGCGAUCCCUGCCUCUGGGAUCUUACCUUCUCAAGCCUGUCCAGAGGAUCCUCAAAUAUCAUCUUUUACUACAGGAGAUUGCCAAGCACUUUGAUCCAGAGGAGGAGGGUUAUGAGGUGGUGGAGGAGGCCAUUUACACUAUGACUGGUGUUGCGUGGUAUAUAAACGACAUGAAGAGAAAACAUGAACAUGCAGUCCGUCUUCAGGAGGUCCAGUCUCUGCUCAUAAACUGGAAGGGACCUGAUUUGACUACAUAUGGAGAAUUGGUUCUCGAGGGCACCUUUCGUGUCCAUCGUGCCAAGAAUGAACGUACGCUCUUUCUCUUUGACCGCAUGCUCCUUAUCACCAAACGCAGAGGAGAACAUUACGUCUAUAAGACACACAUCUCGUGCUCAACGCUCAUGUUGAUUGAGAGUGCCAAGGAUUCUCUGUGCUUCAGUGUCACUCAUUACAAGCAUCCCAAACAACCUCAUUCUGUCCAGGCUAGGACGGUGGAGGAAAAAAAAUUAUGGGCUCAUCAUAUUAAACGGCUCAUUCUAGAGAACCAUCAGGCUGUGAUACCACAAAAGGCAAAGGAAGCAAUCUUGGAGAUGGAUUCUAUUUACAAAAAGUAUAGGUACAGUCCUGAGAAGCUCAAAAAGUCUGUGUCAUGCCAGUCAGAGGAGUUUUCUAACUCUAGACAAGGCCGGAGACAAUCAGAACCAUCUAAAGAGAUCCUAAAGAACACUGAAGUAAUACUAAAGCAUUCUGACAGUGAGGGGGCAUUGGCCGUUGACAGGUGGCCUUUACAAGCCACUGCUAGCGAUAGCACUCUUGGCUUAUGCGAGUCUUCAGCUGAGAAGCCUGUUGCACAAGACGAAUACUCUCCUGAAGCCCUGAUUCCCAGUGAUAAUGAGGAGCCCAUCCGUGCCUCGCCGUCUCUAAAGGCCAGAUUGAUGCAAGAGAAUGGGGAUGAAGCAGAAGGGGAGGGAAGUGACUCUGACGAUAUUCUAAUGGAGGACAACCAGGUAGCUGACUUUGCCAGUUCAAUGUUGGCUGCCAUUUCCUGCUGGCACUAUAGAGCCAGAGCUUUGCUUUCCAUGGACUUCACAACGGAGGAAGGGGGGUGUGAGGACACUGGGAACAAUUUUAAAGGAGAAAAUGGCCCACCAGUUGAACAGGUGGAGGCAUAUCUUAAGGAUGAAAAAUACAUCUCAGAACAGGACAAAUCACAAAACCUGGAAACAACCUCUUGCUGGGGUUCCACUGAGAAAUUGAAGCCAGAUGUGUUUUGUGAUCCAGAGUCCAAAGAGAUGGAAAAACAGGUCCCAGAUAUCCAGGAUCUGGAGUCUGCAAGGGACAAAGAUGAUCAGAAAGGUUCUAAAGAAGAGGCCUCAUCUCUGUUACGGCAGGAAGACACACCUGGUGAUUCUUCAGAGGAAGAGGAGGAUGUAGAAGAGAAACCAGACUCCACUAGCAUCCUACCAUCAUCUGUGCUUGAUAAGGCCAGUGCCAUUGCUGAACACUUUGUGUGUAAUGCGCGGAGUAGUAGCGUCAGCACAGAGGAAAUGCGCUCCCUCGGUUGCGUAUCUCCACGUCUACCCAGCAGGACCGGGAGCACUGUAAAUCUAGGAGAUGCCCAUGAGCGCCAUCAUCGCCUUGCUAACACCUGCUCUGAGUCACAUGGAGUUCCACUGACCCAGGAAGCCCUUGCAUCAGCAGACUUCAUGAUCGGGUCAUCAGGGGAGGACAGUCUUUUUGACUCGGAUCGAAGCAUCUACAGAAGAAGGGAUUCAGUGCUUUCCAGGCAAGACCAACUACUCAUUGACAAGAUUAGGAGCUACUAUGAGAAUGCAGAACACCAGGAUGCUACAUUUAGCCUAAAGCGUAGAGAGAGCCUCACUUACAUUCCAAGUGGGCUUGUUAGAAAUUCAGUUAGUCGUUUUAACAGCAUUCCUAAAGAUAAAGACCUUGCCCUAGAGAAGCCCACCAGUACAUCUGGACCUGUAACAGCUCAUAACUCACUCACAGAAUCUCUUUUGGUUACAUCGGCUCUGUCAGAGACCAAUGCAAAUCCAGCUACCAUAACAAAACCUGCUAUCGCCGCUUCCACAGAUUUCUCUAGGCAUGACAGAAACGGAGACCUGUUUGACUCUGAUGUAGAUGGUUCCAUUAAACCUCAGUCGAUAGAUGGGAGUCAUGAGGAAGAGGUUUUCCGUCCCUCCUCUGAGAUGAUCAAAGUCUGGCAAGAUAUGGAAAAAGAGGUCACUAGAUGUCAUGGGGACCUCAAAGCACUGAGGCCCAGAGAAAUUCCUUAUUUUAAAGGGACCAGUCCCAGCCUCUCCAGGAAGGAUCCAAACCAGAGAAGAAAGCAAGAAUCCAAAGGCAGCGAUGGACUGAUUAUGUUUGAAGAUUCAGAUCUGAGCACUAUCAGAGAGGAGUCCUCUACACCAUUAGCUUUCAAGGAGAAGGAAAACCGUGCAGCCAGUGAGAAUGAUGCCAUCAGACCCAGACAAUGGGAGGUUGAAGGGAGACCCCUGAGAGCUCUCGCUCCCCGAGUUAUCCAGUUGAGAGCAGAAACUGAAGAUGAGAAAGACACAGGAGCUCAGUCAGCAGAAGACGCAGAUUCAUCCCAAAACAAAGUUUUCCAUCUUGCAAGGAAAUACAGUCAACGCAUCAAGUGCACACAACCAAUGUUGAGACAGAGGAGUCAGGAGUCAGGAGAUACAUGGUUGGCCAAGAGGAACCUGUUUUCGGUGGUAGAAGAAAAGCCAGAGAAAGAGGCCAAAGUUAAAGCAGACUUGAUGCUCUCCAUGGCUCCAUAUGAUCAGCCUGAUUAUGACGGAGACCAGAAGGCCCAGGUUAUGACUCCCAGCCCAGACCACACUUCUAAUUCUGUCAGUAGCCCAAAGGCCUUGUCCCCACACCUGUCCCAUUCCAGGAGUCCUCUUAGUCCAACACCUGAGAGCUUCAACUGGCCGGACGUCCGUGAACUUUGCUCAAAAUAUGCACACCUCGGUAGCUCGUCUGCUCCGCCACCAGUAGGCCAAAGUCGUUCUGUGGAAGAAAGGAUGUUUGACGGCAGCUCUAAAAGACGUUCUAGCUGCUCUUCUAGCCGCUUAGUCACCUCUAAUGGCUCCACAGACUCUUCAGUUUACAAGUUUUAUCCAGGAAGGGAUACAGGAGAAUUGCUGACUCGGACCCAGCGUGCAGGUUCUCUGGAUCAAAAAUUGGGUAGUUUGUACUUGAGUGAUCUGCAGAGUCUUCAGAGUAAAAAUGCCAGCAGUGGCUUCUAUAUCUCCGCUCAAGCAACCCUUCCAAAUGAGAAGAAUAUAAUUGUGGUUGAGAAAGUACCUGAGGUUACACCACCAGUAGAGAUGGACCAGUCAACACAAGAGUGCAAGAAACAGGAAAUAACAACAGAUGAAACAGAUGACAGCUACGUCCAAAUUCGUUCGCCGACAUCUCGUGAGAAGAUCUCAAUCAUGGCUGUCAUUGACCGCUGUCGGGCAUAUCAGGAGUCAGAGGAAUACCGUUUGAGGGAAGAUGGAGGAUCUAAGCCAGAACAGUUACCUAAGAUUGACAGGUGCAAAAAAACUGAGAAAGCUUCAUCCUAUAGUGAACACUUAGACAAUGCUGUUAAAAAUGCACUGGAUUCUGGGAAAAAGGCUGAUUCUAGUCAACACAGUGUUGUCAAGAAUCUCAGAGAAAAAUUCCAAAACAUAAGAUAAAAAUCACUUGUUUUAUGGUACAUCUAUUGUACGUUUCAAAAGUUGUAGAAAAUUGUUGGCUGAAAUGAAAUACUUGCUUCUUUAAUUUCUCUCAUCUUUUAUGUCUUCACCACUGAAGACAAAUGUGUUCAGUAUGGUCAGCAUAUAUCAUGCUGUAGCCAAGUAAGUCAUCUGGCAAAUUUAAACCUCAAAACUAAUAUUCUUUACAUUUUCUAUGCUAUUUAUGGUAUUUUGGACACUGUAUGUUCAUGUGGCCUGCUGAUAUUGAGAAACCUGUGGAUUUUAAUGGUCUAAAUGUCAGGGAGAAAGUGUAAAUAUUGUUGUACAGUUUUUGUUGUACAUUCAUUCUUUCUGUUAUACCAUUUACAUUUGAUAUAGUAGAUAUGUAUUUGGUAGUCAUUUUACAUAAAUGACAUUCUUGUUUAUAAAUAUUUACAUUUUGGGUAAGGUAUUUCAAUUAAUGUCAUAUUUGAGCUAAGGAUUUCUUUAGCAAGAGAUAAAGUCUAGUCUAUACUACAAAACAAGCCCUAGCAGAGAAGCAUAAUUCGUCUAGACUCUAAAUGUAAGAGACCAUUUGAAAACAUUUGUUUUAUUUUACUUUUAACUGAAAGACAUUUUAAAGUUUUUUAGUAAAUGUCAUGCAUGUAACAAAUUUUUUCCCCCCUUUGUACCUAAACCUAGUCUUUGAUUAAUGAAUAUAGGCAUAGAUGCCUUUUGUCCGGAGACCAGAUCCAAAUGUUUAAAAAGAUGAAGAUUUUAAUGAUUUUUUUUUUAAGCUUACACCAGUGAUGUUACUUAAGCUUAUUUUAAGAUUUGUUGUGAUCUUCACAACAAAUCAGAUUUAACAUCAGGUUUUGGGGAAUGUCACAGUUACAAGACAAAUAUUAACCCUACAUGUUUUAGCAUCUGAAACACUGUUGGUUUAGCAGCCCGUGAUAACAGAUCUCUCAUUGAUGACUGUGUGUGUCUGAUAUUUAUUAAGAUUCUAUAAAUUUCCAUAUCUGUCUGACUUAUUACAAAUGCAUCAAUAAAUACUUGUGAAAGUGAAAAUUCACUCCAUAAUAAAACCAAAGAAAAUUCAA